UUCUGAUAUCAACGAGCUGCCGGCGAUGAGUUUGACCGACCCGAAGUUGGGAUGCGUGGCAAACACCAAUGGCAUCAAAAUUAACCAUUUGCAUACGAAUAUUACGAAUCCCUUAGUGGAACCUCAAGAAGAAGAAGACUUUGUCGUUUGUGCAAAAGAUCUGUUUUUGCCUUUCGACGAUGAGUCAGCAAAACUGACGGAAUGGUUCGAAAUGGUGAAAUUACUCGGGGCCAGCCAUGUUUUCAUGCCUCUGACUGGGGAAUUCCAACACCCGAAUGUUGAACUCGUUAUCAAGAAAUACGUUCGAGAUGGCUUUCUGACAACCAGAUUGGGAAAUUGGCCAGGUAGACAUUCCUGGCCAACUGGAAUGAUAACCCUUGCUCGGAAUGCUCCAGAAAAUUCCAGUUUGCACAGACUUCAAGAAUCCCUGCUUGCCAUGGACUCCAUGUCUUGCAUUCUAGAUGCCAUCGGAAGGUAUAAAUACGCCGUCGUCCUCGGGUCGAACGAGUUGAUCCUGCCAAAAGGCGAAGGAAUGAAAACAUGGCAAGACGUGAUGAGCAAAAUCCCUGACAAAGGAGAAUCUUCCGUUUGUUUUGCAAGCAAGCAAGUCAUCAAGCAUAAAUCCCGAAGAUACAACAACACUGAAGGCUUCAACGUAGACUUACCAACCAACACGUUUUUUCUCAAUCACCUUCACACCUUGCCAGCAGAUUUAAAUUCC